UACCCGCCUCGCCGCGGCUCAUCGUGCGGCGUCCAUUGCUUCGCAUCGCAGCUACUGCUGACCUCGGGGUUUAGUUUAAUGCUGGCAUGUGCCGGUGGGCUGGACGGACCGUCGGUUGCUCUGCUCGCAUCGCAUCUACCGACCCCCACCCGCAUGGAAAGCCGUGGCGGGGGGAGGAAGGCAAGCUGAGGUGAGGUGAGUGAGUCCCAGCUGCGAGACUGAAACGUCAAGCGCUGCUUCCUUCCUUCUUCCUCCAUCCAUGGCCUCGAUCUGGGAGGCGAGGAGCUGAGAGGAGGAGGAGGAGGGAUAGCGCAUAGCGGCAGCCAUGGGCUGGAGAAGAGGGGGGAGUGGGGAUGGAGGGGUCUCCAGGAGGUGGGCCGUCCUCCUGUGCGUGGGGAGCUUCUGCCUCGGACUGCUCUUCACCAGCAGAAUGUGGACACUGCCUGAGGCAAGUGAGAUUGCUAGACCAAAUGCAAAUGUAGAGGAAGGCAGCAUGCCAGUAGCCGCAGAGUGUGGUUCUAAGAAGGUUCAAGAACAACAAGAUUACAAAGAUAUUUUACGUGUUCAAGAUGCUCAUCAGGAUGUACAAUCACUAGAUAAGGCGAUAGCAAGCUUAGAGACAGAGCUCUCAGCUGCACGGUCUCUGCAAGAAUCCUUGCUCAAUGGUUCGCCUGUUGCCGAAGAGUUCAAAGUUUCUGAAUCGAUUGGGAGGCGAAAGUACCAUAUGGUGAUAGGGAUCAAUACCGCAUUUAGUAGUCGCAAGAGAAGAGAUUCCAUACGUUACACCUGGAUGCCUCGAGGUGAAAAGAGGAAAAAGCUUGAAGAACAGAAGGGGAUCAUAAUUCGUUUCGUCAUUGGCCAUAGUGCUAUAUCAGGUGGAAUUGUUGAUAGAUCAAUUGAAGCAGAGGACAGAAAACAUCAGGAUUUCAUGAGGAUAGAUCAUGUCGAAGGAUACCUUGCAUUAUCAGGCAAAACCAAGGCCUACUUUGCUACAGCUGUUUCAUUAUGGGAUGCAGAUUUUUAUGUUAAGGUUGAUGAUGACGUGCAUGUGAACAUAGCAACACUUGGUCAGAUUUUGUCCAAACAUGCAUUGAAGCCUAGAGUAUAUAUUGGAUGCAUGAAAUCUGGACCUGUCCUAUCUGAAAAGGGUGUGAGAUAUUAUGAGCCCGAGCACUGGAAAUUUGGGGAAGCGGGAAACAAGUAUUUCCGACAUGCUACUGGCCAAUUAUAUGCUAUUUCAAAAGAUCUAGCAACCUACAUAUCUAUAAACAAGCACAUCUUGCACAAGUAUAUAAAUGAGGAUGUUUCAUUAGGUUCGUGGUUUAUUGGGUUAGAUGUUGAGCAUAUUGAUGAUAGAAGACUUUGUUGUGGUACUCCGCCUGAUUGUGAAUGGAAAGCUCAGGCGGGGAACAUUUGCGCCGCAUCAUUCGACUGGAGAUGCAGCGGCAUAUGCAACUCUGAAGGGAGGAUCUGGGAAGUGCACAAUAAGUGCGCUGAAGGCGAGAAGGCGUUGUGGAACGCCACUUUCUAGAACAACGGAAACAUCAGCAGAAGCUGCUGGCCUAUAUACUAGAUCAUCAACUAUUGCUGUUGUUUGUACAUUGCCCCACGGUUUGUAGGUAAUUCAUUUGUAGGUAGCUGUGGUUUUGUGACUAGCUAACACCGACGAAGCGGACCACAAUUUUAGGUAGUGUCUGUCUGCCGGUGGCGGUGAAGAUGAAGAAGGGUAUAAGGGGUGAUGCAUUCUUUCGAGUGAUAAAUGUUUAAGGUGGUCAUUUUGUAUCGAUCUCCUGUACUGUAUGUAUGGCUGCCAAUAUGUGAGACCAAAAAAUAAAAACUUUCCUGCCUCCCUGGUGCCUCAUUGCAAUAA